UAUCGUGCACACUAUUCUUCAGCAUUUUCACGCACCUUCGACAACCCUGCUGCAAUGUUUACGCGUCGUUGUCGUCUCUAUAGCAACCAAUUGCAUCUGCCGUAGGUUUUCCGUGUUUUCCAGGACCACGAGCAGUUAAACUCGAGCUGGCUCGACUAUGUGUGAGGAAUGAGUGACACAGACACGGACGACACCGAUCUGUUGUUGCUCAUACCGCCCAAUUAUUACACGGACACCGCGGAGCGACUGCUUCAGCAGGCGAAGAUGAGCGCAGGCGUGGCUUCUGAUGCACUGGCUAUGCCCCCGCCCCCGGCGCCCACAAGUGCGGCGUACCAGUUCCUGCACCCCAGCAAGAAAACGGAGCUGAAUCACAUAAAUGCCAGGCUGCAAAACAUCGGAUUGGAUGGUGGUGAUGAUCGGGAUUUCGAGGCACCUUCGGACAUAUCUACCAUUUCCACGAAUACGGUAAGGAAUGCGGUAGGACGGCAAAACAGGGAGCUCCAUGGCAUGGUGCAUUCUACGCCGAAAAGCGGAUCCGUAGAGCCACCUCGCCACCGACCCAUGGAGGAUAACAUACUCCUGGAGAUUGAUCACUACCUCGACGAGAACAAUGCACACCGCUGGCAGAAGCAGAAUCAUUACCAACAUCACCACAGCGAUGAUCAUCUGCGGAACGAGCGGGUGGUGCAGGAGGUUCAUUCGGCGGCCUCCUCUCUGCCCAGCAUGCGGCUGGCUUCCUCCGCCUCCGGUGUUGCUUCAGUCGAAGCUGCCAGAGGAGCUCGCAACAGUCUAAGCGACAAUAAGCUUAUCAGCCUAAGCGAACUAUGGGGCAAAAGCAGCAUGUCGAGAACUGUUUUGAACAACAACUCCCCAAAUCGACUCGCUUGCAGUCCUUCCCUGAAAGAGGAACAACUGAGGAGACAGCAUCUGGAAAAAACUAUCCACACCCUGCAAACACAACUGCUGGAGUACGAACAGCGCAUUUCAGUUGCCAUCGAGGUGGAUCUCUCAAAGGAUGCAGCUCUAACUGCAGCAGAGCAAGCCGCUCAGGCGCUAAACUACGAGGUUCAGCAACUGCGGGAUGCUCUCCACAGGUUGGAGCUGGACAAAAGCGAUUCUCAAGGCAAGAUUGAAGCCCUUCAGCAGGAGUUGUCGCAGGCGGUUAACUUGGCCACCAAGUUUCAGGAGAAGAAUGACAAACUAGAGGGAGAACUAGACCAUCACAGACAAGAAGCCAAGGAAUGGGAUGACAGGGUUGAGCAAUUGGAAAUGGAGCUCCACAGCAGCAAAAAAGCAGAGGAACUAUCUCAUGCCGAGCUUAACAAGCUGAGGGAUAAGUUUGCCAAAGUAGACUACCAGCAGGAGAAGUUAAAAGCCCGCAUUGAAGAACUGGAAAAAGAUAAGAGCACACUUACCCACCAAAAGGAAAUGCUGCAGGAAUAUCAUCAAAAGCAGAAAGCUCGAGCGGAUUCCUUGGAGGCUCAGAAAAAGUCUUUGCAGGAAACAUUGGCUAAUCUUACGGAAACUGAGACCAACCUCAAGAAAAAGCUAGACGUACAGCAGAAAUCCCUAAAGCAGUAUUACCAGCAGCAAAUGGAGAACGUGGUGGCCAAAAAGAUGCAGGAGUUCCAAAACCAGCUUGACAAAAACGAGGAGCAACUGAAAAACGAAGCCCGUGAGCGCGAAAGACUAAUUGCCGAGCGAGCCGUCAAACAGCUGGAGAUGAUCAACGAAAAGAAUAACCAGGAAUUGAAUCUCAUCCAGGAGAAGCACAAUGAGGAGGUUGAGUUGUAUCGCCUUCAGCUGGCAAAUGCGUCCAAGAAGAUCGACGAAAUGGAUCUCAAACUCAGCUGUUACAAAACGAAGCGUGCCGACAUUGCGGAGAAGCUGCAUACUGUUAUGGAAGCGCAGUGGCAACAGGCUCUAGCUAUACUUACAACCCCCAGUCAGAACUCCCUGAUGCAAGCCAGCGACACGGAUGGGGAGUCCCCGGAGCUGAACAAUGCCCGCGUGUAUCCGGAAACUCCGAAGACGAGCAAAUCGCAGCGCAGCAACAGCACGGAGAAGAACAACUUGGAUGUUGUGGGCAAGCGGGAUCCGCCCUCGCCCAUGGACAGACUGCAGGCCUACAUUGAGCUGCUGCUGAGCAAGUCACCCAGUGAUUUUGAUAAGCUUGACGAGAUCCUGGCCAUGUCGGCCAAGCAGGGAAGCAAGCAAAACAAACCAAAAAGCGGCAGUGGCAACAAUAAGCCUCCACCCUGGAAGUGCUGACAAAAAAAGGAACUCUCGAUGAGUAUUGUAUUUACUUUUAGUUUGAUAUGCAGUAAUCCAGUCUAAGGAAACUCCUACGAUGUACAUUGUAGUUGUAUAUUUUUCUAAUUAAUAUUAAAAUUAAAUCGUUUAGUUUUUGCAAAAUA